AUGAGGAUCAUCAAGGGCGAGGAGGACAUGCCUUCGCUACCUGACAAGAUCAUCCACAACGUGGAUAAAGCGCGGGCAGCACUCGGCCGCGCGCUUUGCAUAGCUCCCGAAUCCGUAUCCGAGAAGACAAUCACGGAAUUUCUGAGCUUCUGGAACUUUCGGGACAACGCUGAGCUUGACCAGCGUUUUCAAAGCAAGGUGGCCAACUAG